AAUGCGCAGGCGCACAGAAACACCACCGCACGAUUCCCCGCUUCUCCUCGCAGCUUCCUCCUCGCAUGCAAACAUCUAAGAGCCACCCGUGUGAAAUAUGCGUUCUUCGUGAUCAACUAAAUACAAAUACGUGGAUUUUUUCCUCCCAGUCUUUGCCAGGAGUAACAAUCUGACCGUGAAUCUGCGUUAAAUCCCCAUAGUGCACAGUAGAUGCCCAUUUCCCUCACCAUGGCAACAGAGGAUAAGAAACCAGAGACUGACACAAAACCUCCAGUGGUGCCAUCAGCGUCUGCCAGUCAAAGCAAGUCCGCUCCCGCCAAACCUAACUACAGCCUGAAAUUCACAUUAGCCGGCCACACUAAAGCCGUCUCCUCUGUCAAGUUCAGUCCGAGUGGAGAAUGGCUCGCCAGCUCAUCUGCUGAUAAACUCAUCAAAAUCUGGGGAGCAUAUGACGGCAAAUUUGAGAAAACCAUAUCUGGACACAAACUUGGCAUAUCUGACGUGGCCUGGUCCUCAGACUCCAACCUCCUGGUGUCUGCGUCUGACGACAAAACCCUGAAGAUCUGGGACGUGAGCUCGGGGAAAUGCUUAAAAACUCUAAAAGGUCACAGCAACUACGUCUUCUGCUGCAACUUCAACCCCCAGUCCAAUCUUAUCGUGUCAGGAUCGUUUGAUGAGAGUGUAAGGAUAUGGGACGUGAAGACUGGGAAAUGUUUGAAAACGUUGCCGGCUCAUUCUGACCCUGUCUCUGCUGUUCAUUUCAACAGAGACGGCUCCCUGAUCGUGUCCAGUAGCUACGACGGCCUUUGCCGAAUCUGGGACACAGCAUCAGGGCAGUGUUUAAAGACACUCAUAGAUGACGACAACCCUCCUGUGUCAUUUGUGAAGUUUUCCCCCAACGGGAAAUACAUCCUGGCUGCUACACUGGAUAACACGCUCAAGUUGUGGGACUACAGCAAAGGAAAGUGCUUGAAAACGUACACCGGCCAUAAAAAUGAGAAGUACUGCAUAUUCGCAAAUUUCUCCGUCACCGGUGGAAAGUGGAUCGUGUCGGGCUCGGAGGACAACAUGGUGUAUAUCUGGAACCUGCAGACGAAGGAGAUCGUGCAGAAGCUGCAGGGCCACACAGACGUCGUCAUCUCGACCGCCUGCCACCCGACAGAGAACAUCAUCGCGUCUGCGGCUUUAGAAAACGACAAAACCAUCAAGCUAUGGAGAAGCGACUGCUAAGCCCCUUUUGGAUCUGUUUGGCCAUUCAUAUUUCUUUUUUUUUUUUAUAUAUUUUUUUCUACAUUUUGUUGUAAGAAAAGCAGACUUUUUUUCUAACAGAGAGCUCCUGCUGGAUGCAGAGAGCUUUCAGGUAAUGAAAUUCAGCAAGGAGAACCAAAUAAUCAGCCACAUCAGACAAACACAUCAGCGGCAUCAGCUCUGCAGCGGAUUCAUUCCCUCUUGUCACAUCCGAGAUAUCCCACCUGUCUUCUAACACGUGCUAGAUUUUUGUUGUCUGGUUAGAAAAAUGGGUGACUUUUGUUCUACUUAACAAUGUUUAUGUCAGUUCUGGUGCUUCAGUAUUUUUAACACUGCAUUAACCCUGAUGUCACUGCUUCACAACAGCUCCCACACGUGCAUUUAUGGUCUUGUACAAUAAAUUAAAUGGUUAUUUGGCCUUCCUACAA